AUGGGUUCUUGUAUCAAUAUUCAAAAAAAACCAUCAGUAGCUAUGAACUCGAAAAUGUCAAUCUCUUUAUAUGGGACAGUUUUGCCAGCAUCAGUAGCCUAUAGCCCAGAUAAGAUUAAUCUUCAAAGUUCUUCUGAUAUAAAAGAACUUCGCCGGGAGCUUUGGACAAAUAAAGCUAAAGCAGCACCACAAUUAUAUAUGUCAAAAAGUAGCUUAUAUAUGAGAAGAGCCAAGAGCAAGAAUCCUAUGAAACCUUUAUCAUUAUAA